UUAUAAUGCCCGUCUUCAGCAUUUUUGAAUAAUCAAAAUGGCUUUAAGUUUUUUUAGCAAAAUAAGAGACGAAUUGCAAAUUAUAUAGUUAAAUAAUGGAUUUAUGUUGCAUCACUUGAAUGAUGUCUAAAUGUUAGAACACGUCAGAGAUAAUGUACAUAAAAUGGAUAUUAUUGAUGCAUAUCUCUUAUAUUGCGUUUGCUCAGAGUUUUUAUGCGAGAACACCAUAUAGUUUAGAAGAUCUACAUAAAAGGACGUUCUACGACAAACUGUCUGCAUUAUAUAACAGAAAUAAAAUAGUAGGAAAUGCUAAACAAGCACAAUUUUUUCCUUCAUGGGCAACCAUGUACAAUAAAUUAAAGAAUCAAAGAAAUCAUAUGUUAAGUGAAAGAAAAAAUAAUAUUUAUAACCAAUAUAGUCCGUCUACAUCCAUUUAUGAUCAAAAAUAUGUUAAUGCCAAAUUGAAUUUUAAUCCUUUUUUUUACCCAUCACCAAGUUCAUUUUUUUCAACUUUUAUCACUAAUCCAAAUACAUAUGGUUCUUAUUACGAUGCAAAUCCUGCCAAAGUUUACUGGGUGCAGCAUUCCUACUUACCAAAGCCUUUUUCAACUAUCUCAAGAAAUAUACUAAAAAAUGAUUUAACUCAACCUCCUCAUGCCAUUAAUACUAAAAGAACAGACAUUUUAACGAUCUUAAACAAAGGUUUCCCUAAAAAAGCUUUGAAUUAUACUAAACUAAGUUAUAAAAGUAAACCUUCUUAUCAAAAUUAUAAAGUUCCUCGCAUUGCGGUACACGGUAAAUUGUUUCGUAUGGUAAAAUUGAAACCAAUCAAUAAUUUUAACAAUAAAGACUAUUUUAUUACAUUAAAAAGUAAUUUGACCAAAACAAAAAAACUUCUGAACAGUUCUAUUAUUGAUAAAAGUUUGACGCUACGUAAAGAAGUCAGCAAAAAAUAUGAAAUGGCUAAGUUUACCAAGGGAACUAAAAAAAUACCUAAAAAUACAUUUAAAAGUUUAUCAAAUACUAAAAAAAGUAAUGGUAACGCGAAACGGUAUUCUUCAAAAAAAACAGUUGUACCUCAUGCUUAUCAACAACAACGUUUGAAAAAACAUCACAUGUUUCGUGCAACUGAUGUUCCAUCACAACCUUUAGGAGAGUGGGAAUAUCGCAAGUUUCGAGUGUACCAUGAAAUUCCAAACAAAUUUGUUUCUGUUUUUGAAACUCCUUACAAUUUUGAUGAGGAAAAAUCACGUGAUUUGGAUUUAAAUAAUGAUGAUAACGAACUUGUUCAAGAGUUUGAUACUAACGAAAACCAACAACGACGGAUACCAAUUUUAAACAUCAUCACCCAUGCUGAUGAUGACAUACAUGUUAAAAACAUCGUUUCGCACUCUGAUAAUGAUGGCAUGCACGGAGAGCAUGAACAUCGAAUAUCUAAAAUCUUUGACACAGAAAAAUUCAAAGAAGAAGAUUCAGUUAGAAAAUCAGUACUAAACAGUGGAAAAGCAUUUGAAGAAAAUUUUCAUCCGGAGCCUAUUUCAACCGAGACAGCCUCAAAACGUGAAAUGAGUGAAGAGGAAUUGGAGGCAAUUCGUGAGGAUCAGAGGGCUAAUUCACUUAUUAAAGCUUCAGAAGAACAUAAAAUUGAAGAGCCAGAAACCUUAGGUAUAGGACCAGGUGGUUUAAAUCCAAUAGAUAAAUCUCUUGUUACAUCAAGAAUGCAAAAUGCACCAAUUGAAGGACUUGUUUUGAACAACUUUAAUCAGGGGGUAGAAACUAAUCCGCUAAAACAAAACAAUGUAAACUUUGCUAGUAAUGAUAAUCUUGAAACUCAAAAAGAAAUAUCUACAAGUAGCAUGUACCAGCCAUUUGAUAGCCCUGAAAAACAAAAUAUUCACCCAACUAAAGAAGAGAACUCUUAUGACGACGAAAAGUCUACCCAAAACUUUGAAAAGACAAAAGGGCCUUCUUUCCCUCUGCAACAAAGUGAACACAGUAUGCAGGAUUACUAUGAAAGGCACAACGAUGAUGCAGGAUUAAAAUCUCCGAUAGAAAAAUUUUCUAAUGAACCUCCUUUAGAAAUGACGUUGCGAUCUGGAGACACAACAAAUCUAGAAGAAACAAUCAAUCAGCUACAAUCCACUGAUCCUGAAUCUCAAAAAUUAGUGAACCAAUUUACCUCAACAAAAUCUUCGUAUCGAGCACCAGAGAUUUUAGACAACGUUCCUAAUAACAUCAAUCCAAUGGUUUCAAACGAAGACAAUAGUGAUAUUUCAAAUGAAAAACAAAAGGAAGUCUUUGAUGACGUGUUGGACCCCGAAAAAGCUCAAGAAAGAGCUCUUCAUUUUUCUACGCAAGCAGAAAUUAACAAAAAGCUUAAUCAUGACGUUUUAGAUCCACAAGCACCUGGGUUAAUUACCAAUUCUGAAGAUGGUUUUCAAGAAAAAACAGAACUUUUAACUCCUCCAACAGGGCUCAAUGAGUUACCGUAUAAAAAUAAAGAUGUUGGAGAAACGGUUGCCAGAAACGAAGUUAAGUCAGACUCUUAUUCUGAAAGUCAUUCAUUAGAACACGAGGAAGCAUAUAACCCUCGUAAAACCCUUGAACACACUGAAGCAUAUUUGCAUCACAAAUCUCUUGAAGGAACAGAAUCAUAUUUACCCCAAAAAUCUCUAGAAAGAACAGAAACGUAUUUACCUCAAAAGUCAUUUGAAAAAAGUGAAUUGUAUUCAUCUCAUAAACCCAUUGAACAAGUUGAAGCGUAUUCCCCUCAUAACGCUAUUGAACAUACAGAAGCAUAUUCGCCUCAUAACACGCUCGAACAUGUCGACGCGGAUUUAACACCAAAUCUUAUGGAACAUACUCAAUCGUAUUCAUCGCACAACUCACUUGAGCACAUAGAUAAAUACGUUCCUCCUAGCCCUAAAAAUACUGAAGCAUAUUUACCUAAUAACCCUGAAACAUCUUUAACACAAUUGGUUAAGCCUCAUCAAAAAGGUACUCCAACUAAAACAUGGCCGAAAGUUGGUCUAAAACCUGUAUUACCAUCAAAUAAAAAGUCAAAUAAUGAAAUACAGGAGCAUCACAAAGAAGUCAAUGAUUUUAAUCCAGAUGAUACAGAUAAUGAUCCUAAAAGCGAAACAAUGUCUCCCGAAGAUGCACUAAACGCAUUAAAUAAUAUAAAUCUCAGUCCCCAUCAUGCAAUUCUCAAUUUAAAAUCAACCAGAAGUUCUAGUGAUGAAAUACAUGUUAAUCAUUCCGAAAACGAUUCUUCUAAAAUUCUAACAACUGUUGACACAAAAACUGCUGAUGAAAAUUUACUCCAAGUGAGAAGUACACCAAUACCUAUUAUAUCAACAGUUAAAACUACACCAUUUGUAGAAAUAAUUAAUAAAAAACCUUCUGAAAGUACAACCACUUUAAAAAUUUUGGAAAAGCACAAAAACGAAACUUUAAAAAAUAAUAGUAUUGCCGAAUUAGAGAACGCAAAAGUAACAAAAGAAGUAUUAAGCAUUCUAGAGAGUUUGGGACAAUUAAAAACUAAACCCUUCACUCAUAAAGAAACCACUGUUACUGGUAGUAAUAAUAAUACAAUCUCUAAAAAUAAUCAAUCACAAAGUGUAGCAAAUAACACAAACGCUCAACAACAGUUAACCAAAAUCAAUAAUACAAGUAAUGAAAAAUCAUUAAUUACACAAGAAGACCCCGAGGAAAAGGAAACAAAAGAAGCAGUACAUGAUCUUAGCAUUGCAAUCGGUAUUUUAGAAAGGAAGCUGGCUUUAAUAAAAGCUGCUAAAGUGAGUGGAGUACAAAAUGGUACAAUGUUUAACGCACAAACUGCAAAAGAUACAGUCAAAAGUAUUGUACCGCAAGUUCUUAACCCUAGAAGCAAUAUACCUCAUUUAAAACAUAAAAAUCGUUUAAAUAUGCCUCGAGUAAAUAAAAACAUUCGCUCUAAAAUUCAGAACAAAAUAAUGACGUUUGCAAAACGUCAGAAUAUAUAUAAAAGAAAAAUAAAGGAAAAAUAAAUAUAAAAGAAAUUCGUAGAAAUAUUUCAAUAUUUAGUUAGAUAGCGCUUAUGUACUAAUAUGUAAAUACUCUUAAUUGUGAUAAAUAAUUUGACUUAA